AUGACCUUGGAUAAAAGAUUGACUUGCAUAGAGUUCUACUGCGGCAUUGGUGGAAUGCACUACGCUUUGAAAGGUUCGAGAUGCAUUUUGGAUGUAUUUUCCAUGAGAAUGAAGAAGUUGAAAGAACAAUAUAAAAAUAAAAUUAGGGACGCGAAUUUUCAUAUCAAACCAACUCAGGCGGUUUCUCAAUACUUUUAGAAAAAAAAUAAGUUUUUUUUAAAUGAGAAUCUUUGUUCUUAUAUAGGUAUUAGUAAGACGGUCAAGUAGAAUUAGGUUUUUCCGAAAAGGAAUCAAACUCCAGGAACCUCAAAAUAAAAAAGGCCAAAAUAGAUUGGAAGCAGUUCAACUUUAGCGCCGAAACUGAGCAGCACGAUUUUUUGUCAACUCAAAUUUCUUUGUUUUGCGGUUCCCGGAGAUCUUUCGCCCUUUUGUCUCGCUUUCACACUGUGAGAUCUGCUUUCGAGACAAGGCAAACAUGGAAAUUUAGCAUGGUUUGGCGGAUCGAAAAACCUUGUUUUAGUAUUUUUUUUUUAUUGUUUAUGGAAGAAAUUUUUUUGAAAAAAAUUGCACUUGAAAAAGUUCGAAGGUGAAUGGUUUUUGAAAUCACAGCUCUUCUCAUUUAAUAAAAAAACAAAAAAACACAAAUAAAAAAAGACUUUCCAAAGAUCUGAGAUGCUUUUUCACAUUUUUUGGUGUUAAUAUUUUAGUAAUUUUGGGCUCAAAUGCUUCUUCCAACACAAAUUUUGAUUAAUAAUCUCAUAAAAGGUUUCAAAUAAUAAGUGAGGAUUGUCGACUUAGAACUUUUUUUUAUUUUAUUCAUUGCAGAAAUUCAACCCGAAUCGGAAGUUCGUGCCGCCGUUGACAUCAACCCGUCGGCUCUCACCAUUUACGCCCACAAUUUUCCUACAACUUCUAUUUUGAACAACAAUAUCCAGGUAAUACUGCUUUUGUUUGUGGCCACCUUUUUCAGUCUUUCCAAGCCGAAAAGCUCGACAAACUGAAUGCUGAUUUGUGGACGAUGAGUCCGCCUUGUCAGCCUUUCACCAAGUUUGUUUUUAGUUUUUUCUGAUUUCUAAUUUCUAAUUCAUCAUUCAAUUUUUGAAGCAUUGUAUGUUCUGCGCAAUUACGCAAUCUCUAGGAAUUCAAUCAAUUUUGCUCAGGAAAGGACUCCAAAAGGGUCAUGAAGACGAAAGAUGCGAGUCCCUAAAGGUUCUACUUGAUCAACUUGUUCUGAUGGAACGCCCGCCACGGUUUAUUUUUCUCGAAAACGUCGUUGGAUUUGAAUCCUCGGAGAUGCACGAAGAGCUUCUCGAUCGCCUUUGGAGCAAAGGUUACAUCUUUGAAGCAAGUUUUUUUUCUCAAAUUUGGGCGAAUUCUGUUCCACAUAGUAAUUUUUAUUGUAAAUUGAAUCUUCUUCUAAUAAUCAAAAUUGUUUCAUAUUUACAAGAACCAGUUGAUUCACUGUUAGCUACUGUACUUUCAGCUGAUUCUCAAUAGAUUAACGUUCUUUUUUUCCAAUAAAAUAUUUGGUUUUCAGGAAUUCAUACUUUGUCCUACUCAGUUCGGAGUGCCCAAUCGUCGACCGCGCUACUACCUUCUGUGCAGAAGGAGAAGAAAUAACGAACCCAUUCGAACUGAAAGAAUAAAGAAAGAGCCGCCUGUUCCAUCCUUGGUCCCAGAUCCGAUAGGAAACUUCAUUGAGAAAAUCAACGACGAAGAUGAAUCCUUGCGCCUUCCGCAGAAGUCCUGCGAGAAGUUCCGCGCGGCCCUCAGCGUAGUUUCCUCGCAGAGCAGGACUUCAGCUUGCUUCACAAAGUCCUACACACAUUAUCUCACUGGCUGCGGAUCUUUCUAUGAUAUACAGGGGGAUUCUACUGACUGCGAAACUAAUAAAAUCAAGGUAUAUCACUCACAGCAAAUUUCUAGAGUACCAAAAGCUGAUAUCUUCAGGAAACGGAAAUCGAAGGCUUGAAAAUCCGAAGAUUGACCCCAAGAGAAGUGGCCAAUUUGAUGUGCUUCCCUGCCGAAUUCCAACAACCGCCAAACAGUUCCGAUAAGCAAAUGUAUAAAACUCUGGGAAAUUCUGUCAAUGUCCGGGUCGUUUCUCUAUUGUUAAAGUAUUUACUGUCACAGUGA